UUUUCACCACUGGGCUGAUUCAGGGCUGGCUCAGAGCUACCUGUGCUGUGUGCAUGGUGUGUCACGCCUGUGCUCCCCAGGGGGAAAGCAAGGGAUCAGCAAGAGCUGGGCUGGUCCUCUGCCAUAGGCUGUGUCUUCCCUCCCCCCCACACUGCCCCCCAAGCCAUCUUCUCCCCAUGUGGUCCUGGGCAUCUUCUGAGUCACUGGGAGAGGCAAAGUCAGAAAGACAAGGGUGUGCUGAUCUUGGAGACCCUUCUAACAGGCACUGCGGUGUGGAAAUAGCCAAUACAAAUAUUUAAAUGCACACACAGUGCAAUUCCUCCCUGUCUUUCCUGGAAAGAAACAAAGAGGUUUUAAAGAGCUGGAGCCUCUGCCAGCUCCCUGCAGUGACUGCUGGAGUCAGGUCUCGCUAUCCCUGAAGCCCUGGAGCUCCCAGCAGAGCAGCACGCUCUGCCGGGAGAGGAGCGGAAGCACCAGCUCAUUGCAGGCAGGAGCACCUCCUUCCAGCGUGUCUGGCUGCAGGGCAUUACUAGAUCUACCUGAGAAACUUCCACCAUCCUGGCUUUUGGCUUCUUCCCUGUUCUCCUUGCACUUUGGAGAGGGGAAGGUUCAAAAAUAGGAUGUCCAGAGGAGACAUGGCCAAGCCCCUCCUGGGCCAUGGGAGCACGGAGGGUGACCCUGGCGUGACGCCCACGUCCGGCCGCACCAUCGGGGUGCUGGGGAGCGGGGACUUCGCGCGGUCCUUGGCCAUCCGCCUGGUGUGCUCCGGCUUCAAGGUGGUGGUCGGCAGCCGCAACCCGAAGCGGAAAGCCAGCCUCUUCCCUUCCGCGGCAGAGGUCACCUUCCAGGCUGAGGCGGUGAAGAAGACGGACGUCAUUUUUGUGGCGGUUUUCAGGGAACAUUAUUCCACCCUCUGUGACCUGGCUGAUGUGCUGGCGGGCAAGAUCCUGGUGGACGUCAGUAACAACACCGAGAUCAACCAUCACAAGGAGUCCAACGCAGAGUACUUGGCUUCCCUGUUCCCAGCCUGCACUGUGGUCAAGGGGUUUAACGUGGUUUCUGCAUGGACGCUGCAGUCAGGUGCCAGGGAUGGAAACAAGCAGGUUCUGAUUUGCUCAAAUAACCAAGAAGCCAAGCGCACUGUAGCAGAAAUUGCUCAAGUCAUGGGAUUCACCCCUGUGGACAUGGGCUGCAUGUCGUCAGCCUGCGAGAUCGAGAACAUUCCCCUGCGCCUCUUGCCAGCCUGGAAAAUCCCCACCUUUUUGGCUCUAGGGCUUUUUCUUUGCUUCUUCACUUACAACCUGAUCCGGCAGGUCAUCCAUCCUUUUAUCAGGGAGCAGAAGAACAAGCUGUACAAGAUCCCCAUCGAGGUGGUCAACACGACGCUGCCUUGCGUGUCCUACGUCUUGCUGUCCCUCGUCUACCUGCCUGGGGUGCUGGCAGCCUGCUCGCAGCUCUACUAUGGCACCAAAUACAGGCGCUUUCCAGACUGGCUCGACCAGUGGCUCCAGCACCGAAAGCAGAUCGGUCUCCUCAGCUUCUUCUGUGCAGCCCUGCAUGCCGUGUACAGCCUCUGCCUGCCCAUGCGCCGCUCCCACCGGUACCUGUUAAUCGAGACGGCCGUCAAGCAGGCUGUGGAGAAGAAGAUGAAUAUCUGGGUAGAGGAGGAAGUCUGGAGAAUGGAGAUUUAUAUCUCUGUUGGAAUUAUUGCCCUGGGCUUGCUGUCGUUACUUGCCAUCACUUCACUUCCAUCCAUCGCAAACUCUCUCAACUGGAGGGAAUUCAGUUUCAUUCAGUCCAGCCUUGGAUUUAUUGCCUUGGUGGUCAGCACUCUGCACACGCUCACCUACGGAUGGUCGAGGGCCUUUGAUGAGAACCAGUACAAAUUCUACCUGCCUCCCACCUACACCCUCACGCUGCUCGUCCCAUGUACUGUCAUCAUUGCAAAGGUCAUCUUCAGUCUGCCCUGCAUCCGACACAGACUUCUGCGAAUCAGGAGGGGCUGGGAGAAGGGGAGAUAUGUCAAAUUUGUUCUGCCCAGUGCAACAGGGGAAUAUUCAAGUGGGGAGACCUCCAGCAAUGUCUGACAGCCCCAGCUGUGAUGGAGGAUUUCAAAGCACUGUCAACGUUUCCAUAAAGGUGUUUCUUUUUCUUAAAUAGAUGUAUGUUUUGGUAUAAUUGUGUUGUGAAUAAAAAAUAAAAUUUGGUGACUUUAGAAAAUGGAUGACCAUGAAACUAGUUCAGACAGUAGCAGUUAAACUGUAUUGCGGAUUUUGCUAGAACAAUUAUUGCCUUAAAAAUGACUGUGAAAGCUGAGCUAGGAGCACUAAAAUACAUGGGAAACUGAUGGACUCUGUUAGUCAGAUCAGUCACUUGAGGUGCUGGCUGGCAGCUCCCCAAACCAGUUCUUCUCGGUUGCUUCCCUAGCUGCUCUCAUAAAUUUCAAUGCCUUCUUUUAAUAUGAAGUUGCACCGAUUUUCUGGGUUUAUGACAGCAAAGACACCCUGCCUCUUGAGUGUCUGGAUCAAUCAAGGUGGUGAGGUUUAGAAAGAUCAAUCCCCUCUGGUUUUAUUCUCCUCAAUGAACUCUAUGAACAAGUAAGAACAGCAAUAUCCAUGUUACUAGUGAGUGCAGAUAUUACUGAAAGCAUCCAAACCUGACAGCAAGCCCAGUAUCCCUGUUCUCUCAAAUAUGGACAGAAUUUCUGGUCCUGGAAGCGGUGCCUGGUGCAUGUUUAUAAGCUGCAGAAACAAAGCACCUCUUCCAGUAGUAUAAAAACAUUUGAAGAGAGAGAUAACCCUAACACCAGAUGUCUGGUCUACACUACUGGCUCUGAGAUGAGAGCUACCGCUCCACGUUCUCUGUUUUACUGAGCCAGUUUCAAGCUGUAUUUGAUGGAAAUAGAGCAAAGAUAAUUAUUGGAAAGACCUGCUGCUUCACAAAAUUACGUGGAGAAAACCAAGGCCUUCCAGCUGGCAUUACAUCAAAUAAUAGGGUGAAGCUUUUAGAAAUUGCUGUCACCUGAACAUUCCAAUUUAAGCAAAAAAACCAGCAGCUCUAAACCCACUGGUUUUACUAGCAAUAAUAAGAUCUCUGAACAGUCUUGCAUAGGAAUCAGCAAGUCUUGACCACAACAUGAAAACACAGCAGUUGUACAUUUUGGGCACAGUCCUUCAUUGCCUUGCACCUUAAAAAAACUCACUUGCUAAGUCACAAAGCAGAUAUCUAAUGCUCUUCAGACUUCACACCCACUGUGGACAAGGUACAGGGCAAAGAAGAUUUCUCUCCUAAUUUCAUGUUCCACCUGUUGCUUUCUGUCUCUAAGUUCUUGCUCUUUAUCAGCAUAAUUCUUUAUGUUUUGGCCAUCCAAAUCAUCAAACAGCCACUGGACAGCCAUUCACAAAAGCUCAUUUUAAAACAAGCAAUUGGGAUGACACAAGAAGACUACCUCAGUCAGGUCAGACACAAGGACAUGCCUGGAAUAGCUUUGUUUUCCUACAGUUAAGUAAAACACACCACUCAGUGUCAGUAUUGCUUUGAGAAAAAACAGCUGUCAGCCCCAAAUGAGCUACAGUUUGUGGGACAAGAAAGUACUUUUUACUAGAUCAGUUAAUAUAGGGGGAAUUAUCAACUUUGGGGCACAUAAGCCCUUCUACAAGCCAACAUUGCUUCUGUAGCCUAGGUGAGUUCUACACAGAAAAUCUCAAGAACUCCCUGUUUAGCCUUAAGUAACUAUAGUGAGUAAUAUUCUCCAAAUAUUGUUCAUGUGGCCAGUGAUGAUAGUGAGGGAUUUCAGUUCUUGCCUAAGACUUACAGUAAAUUUCCAAAUGCUAUUUGCUGAAUAGAAAGAAACUGGCUUGAGGGAAAAGCCUAGAUUUCAUAAUCAGGUGACUUUUUGUUUGUUUUGUUGGGUUUUUGGGAACAUGGGGAAGGUACCAUUCUUUCCCACUGUCCCCUUCAGCAAGCUGCUGUUAUUAGGUUUACACCUCCAGAACCCAGAUUAGCACCUGACCAAAUCACUCACCAAGUCUGCAGUCACUGGCCCAACACUAUUUAUUUGUGGUUAGGUGAUAGGUUAAGUUUCCACAUGGAUCUGCGAUAGUUUCACCUGAGUAUAAUUCCACCCACUCCAGUUUAACUCAUCCUUGAGGGAAAACUGCAUUCUGCAAUCUUGGUUUUUUAGUUGUCUUUUCCAUUUUAUCAUCAAGCAAAGACAACAUAAAAGCACCAGUUUACACUUUCUGGUUACAAUGUAUUUCAGUGCCUUUUUUUUUGCCCCAUCUUAGCUUCUUUUCACACCUUUAGGCCAGGCAAAACUAUUGCCUGGUGGCAAAAAAAGAAUAAAUUAGAAGGCAGGGAGGCAGGAAAAGAACAUCACACACAGGCUUGCAGGCUUUGUCUUCGAAGGAAAAACUAUGUUUUUAUUGUGAGUCACUGCAAGGUUAAAGUCUCACCUUUCUGUCCAGCGGAAAUAAGGUUUGCACCCUUGCUUUGUUUACAUGACUUUCAUGCCCACAUACCCUUUCCCAUGGCAAAGGGACAGUUUUCCUGAGCAGAAGUGGAGUCAGUGAGUCAGCAUGGUGCUUUUCAGAUGGAUACAAGCCCAAAGUGACAGACAAGCCAGCUCAAAAUCCCCACAGCAUCUAAAAAAAGGCUGGUGAAGUGUCUCCAGGUAACACCCGUGCCAAUACAUUGGCCUGUCAGCCACUAUCCCUUUUGAACACUGAAAACAAUUCCUCUAAGGGCAGAACAGCAUUUCACAUGGUGGCCUCUGUAUGCAUCUGGUCCUUAAAACAUGUGACACAACAGUUUGAGUAAUUCCUUCUGACUCUGGAAUGCUGAAAAUUAGAGUGAGGAAUUUUUCAAUUAUCUUUUCUGUAAGCAUCUUUUGGUGUGCAUAGGACAUUCAGUAAGACUGGCUUAAAAUUUAGCAAUUAACUGGUUUUGUACUUGAAGUUAUUCUCUCUGUAUAUAUGUACACACACAUAUAUAUCUUAUCGCAGAAUAUAUAGCUGGAAUGUAAAUCCUUUGUAUUUUUAUUUUCUGUACUGCCUACUAUGUGCCUCUGGGAUAUGUAAGAACCAAUUGAAAAGCUGUAACAGGAAGGCUAGUUUUAAUUACUGGCAUCUGUAGUUAUAUAAAGAUAUUCUGAAGGGUCUACAUAAUUA